AUGAUCAGCGCUCUCUUCAUUUAUUCUCUACGGGGUGAGUUACUCAUCUCCAAAAAUGUGAAGCCCACGCAAAAGUCCAUGGCUGAGAUCUUCAGGAUUCAGGUUAUUAACAAUCUUGAUGUUCGAUCUCCAGUCUUGACACUUGGAUCAACCACUUUCCAUCACAUCAAAUCAGCCGGAAACCUAUGGAUAGUAUCCGUGAGCCGAUCUAAUGCCGAUAGUGCGGCAAUAUGGGAAUUUCUGCAUAAGCUCAGCGCUCUGUUACAGGCUUACAAUUUAGAUUCAGAAAAAGAUAUGAAAGAAGAGUUCAUGACUUGUUUCGAGCUCUUGGACGUGCUUCUCGAGGAAGGCGUACCAAUGGACACCGAGUUCAACAACGUAGCAUCGCAAAUGUCUGUGAAACCUGCGAUUCCGGCUGACGCUUUCAACAGUUUUACAGAAAGCAUAGCGAACGGCGCAGGUUUCAUACCGCGUUCGCGACUACUGAAAAAAAGAUCUAGCAGCCUCUUUUCCCAGGAUUCAAUUCAGGAGCAGCAUUCUAAGGUUCCUUGGAGAGUCAGUGGCAUAAAGUAUAAGAAAAAUGAGGUUUUUCUGAAUGUCAAAGAGAACAUCAGUAUCCUCGUGUCAAAAGACGGAUCCAUUCUAAAGUCGUACGUUGACGGUACAGUGGAGACAACUACCCAUCUGAGUGGCAUGCCUGUUUGUCGGUUUGGGCUAAACGAUGCCCUGUCUGUUACAUCUCCUUUCUACGAUGGAUCACCGGAGGUGGUAAAUAAAAAGGCAAUUCCCAAAGCUGCGGCCGGAAGUGUAAUGCUGGAGGACUGCAAAUUCCACCAGUGUGUGCAACUGGAUAAGUUCCAGACCGACCGCACUAUCAACUUUGUACCUCCUGAUGGUACUUUUGAGCUCAUGAGAUAUCACGUCAGAGAAAACCUCAACUUGCCCUUUAAAAUCACUCCUAUCGUGACGGUUUCCAGAUCAGGUUCUGUGGAAUACCGAAUCACCAUCAAGUCGCUUUUCCCUGGAAAGCUCUCCGCUAAAGACGUACAGUUGCGCAUACCGGUCCCACCCGAAACAGUGGACUGCAAUUUCUCAACUUCUAACGGUAAAUGCAAAUUCGUGGCUGCAGAAAGCGCUAUCAUUUGGCAAUUUGGCAAAUAUUUAGGUUUGACAGAAAAUAGCAUUUCUGCAACCGCGAUUCCCGCAAAGGGUUAUCAAAUGAAGCUCGACAAAUGGUCCAAACCUUCAAUUUCGCUAACUUUCGAGGUCUUGAUGUUCAGUAACUCGGGCCUGGUCGUACGAUUUUUCGAUAUUUUGCAGAAAGACAAAAACUACAACUUGGUAAAAUGGAUCAGGUACAUCUCUAGGUCGGGUGCAUACGAGGUACGAUACUAG